GCACAAUGAACAGUGAACAAAAAUUGGAAUAUAUUAAUCAACAUAUUGGUGUCUAUCCAGAUUUCCCAAAAAAGGGCAUACUUUUCCGGGACAUUUUUGGCGCUCUAACUGAUGCCACAGCUUGUCAGUAUUUAAAAGAAGUGCUGCUGGAACACGUGCGUAAGACCAAUCCCAAUAUUGAUAUUAUCGUUGGCUUGGAAUCUCGUGGUUUUCUUUUCAAUUUGAUGCUAGCCGCUGAACUGGGAGUCGGUUGUGCACCCAUACGUAAGAAGGGCAAGUUGCCGGGUGAAUGUGUAUCUGUGGAAUAUACUUUGGAAUAUGGUUCGGACAUUUUUGAAAUGCAAAAAACUGCCAUUAAACCUGGACAAAAAGUUCUCAUUAUUGAUGAUCUGUUGGCCACCGGUGGUUCUCUAAGUGCUGCUGUGGAAUUGGUACGCAAAGCUGGCGGUGAAGUUGUACAAUGUUUGGUUGUUAUGGAAUUAGCAUUCCUUGAGGGUCGUAAGAAAUUGGAUGUCGAUGUUCAUUCGUUAUUAAAAUAUUAAAAUCAACACAAAUCAACGAUCAAAGACGACAUACAUAUGGCACUACGAAGCAAUAGAAGUUACCUGAAAUCAAGCAUUUACUAUUAUAAUUAUUACAAACACGAUUUUUAUCAGAAAUAAGUUUUUGAAAAGUUUACUUGUUUUAAAAUA